CGGCUGAAGAUCAGUGCACAGUCCCGCUAUGCGCCUGCGCCACUGCCUGAUUUCUGGAAUAUAACACUAAAGUUUAGGUUUUGGAAGAUUUCUGCCCGUUUUCUUUUUCAAAGGUAUUUUGAUGUUACCAACAGAAAUCUCAGGAGGAGUGUGUUUUAGCACAAGUCAGCACUCCAAAGAAAGAAGAAACGGAAUGAAAACAGAGGAAAAUCCAUCAUGUCUUCAACAGGCUCCCUCAGCCACACCUUACGAGCACGUGGGAGGAGGAGAAGUGUGUGCAGGGUGCGAGUCUCCGAUUGCAGACCGCUUCCUCUUGCGCGUGAAUGAACUGUCGUGGCACGAGACGUGCGUCAAGUGCGCGGUGUGUCGCAGCGCGCUGAGCGGAACCUGCUACAGUCGCGACCGUCUGCUUUACUGCAAACACGAUUACGAGAAGUUGUUUGUGAGGAAAUGCAGCGCGUGUCUACAGGCGAUCAGCCGUUCGGAGCUCAUCAUGCGUGUGCUGGGACAGGUGUAUCACCUGGGCUGUUUUAGCUGCUGUGAGUGUGAACGGCGACUACAGAGAGGUGAUGAGUUUGUGUUGAAAGAGGGACAGCUGCUUUGCCGGGGAGACUAUGAGAAAGAGAGAGAAAUGCUGGCUGCCAUCAGCCCGGCCCCUACUGAGUCAGUAAAGAGUGAGGAUGAAGAUGGUGGUGGCAUCUCUGCCGGGGGAAAAGCUGGGGAUGAUGGGAAAGAGCACAAGAGAUCAAAGAGACCACGUACCAUCCUGACCACACAACAGCGUCGCGCCUUCAAGGCCUCAUUUGAGGUGUCUUCCAAACCCUGCCGAAAGGUGAGAGAAACCCUUGCAGCUGAGACCGGACUGACAGUGAGAGUCGUGCAGGUGUGGUUUCAGAAUCAAAGAGCAAAGAUGAAAAAGAUUGCUCGCAGACAGCAGCAGCAACAGCAGCAGCAGGAACAGGAGCAGAUGGGCGGAGGCAGGAGGGGGCCGAGCAGAGGGGGGCGCCAGAGUAACGAUGACAGCGAGGAUGGCUCCAGCAGUCACGGUCUGGACGGACUGCUCUCGUAUUCCUCUCUGCCACGCCAGCAACUGUUGGCUUUGGAUCCGAACAUAUAUGCGAGCGAGCAGUUCAGACACGGGCUCACACCGCCACAGCUCGGCCCGGAGCAGAUGCACUCUUACGACUCGGAGACAGUGUUUCACGACUUGGACAGCGAUGGAAGCCUUAGUCAUCUCGGUGACUGUCUUCUGACGACUGCCGAAGCUGGAGUUUUGGCGGGGCGAAUAGGAAAUCCCAUCGACCGCCUCUACUCAAUGCAAAACUCGUACUUUACCUCGUGACCCCUCGGUGAACCUGGUUUCACGCACCAAAUAGCAACAAACAAAUCGAGUCCCACUGGAGUACACUGGACACAACUGCAUCCCACAAAUACAAUAACCCGAUCUUAGCCACCUCCCAAAAAAAAAUCGGAUAGUGAACAAAACUUUUAAAAUGAUGCAAGAUCGAGUAGAACAGUAUCUAAAAAAAGGUUGAUAUUAAGGAAAGAUACUAUUUGGUUGACUAUUCAGGGUACAUUAUACAAACAGGCGAACAUCUCUUUUAACAAUAGGGUGUGACAACUAAUCGAAUAUUCAACGUCGAUAAUAUUCGAUAAUGAAAAUAAUGUCAUUAUCGAUUAGUUUGGUCUGUGACGUCACUUGCCCACCGCCCCCAUUGGAACAGCGUGAGCUGCGUGGUUAUAAAGUCAGAAGCAUCUGCUCCAAACAAAGAUAAAGUCACUUAAAUUAAACUUUUUUUAAACAAACUUAGCCCCUUUGCUUUGUCCUGUCAAUGAUCGCGCUCGUCAUGUAAUGCUGUAUAAACAAGCUUGCGCUGUAUGGUGCAUACAUGCGUGAUUAUUAUUGACUAUUAUCGAAUAUUCAGUGAGUUAUCUCAGCCCUAUUUAAAAGUCAUACAGGAGGCACAUGGCAAAAGUUUUGUGUUACCUCACCCUUACACACAAGGAUAUCACACCAACAAGUAAAAUCCACAUUACACAUGCCUUUCACAAAUUGCCUUUGCAUUUGCUUUACAAGUACAUCUUGCAUAGGAAUCGGCUCUAAGUACAAACCAAAACGUCUGCCAUGAGAUGCAUCAAUAUUUCAUGUGAAGUUUACAAGUUUAACACAAGAAAAUAUGUUGACAGUCUAUGAAGAAAUGCACUGGAUGUAUCUGGCCUGCACUUAUUUAUCCAUUCAAGCAAACACGCGUGACUGUGGAAUAUUGUACGUUAAUUCACAGACUAAUUUUAACUAUUGGCACUUUCUCAGACACAGAUUGAAUUAUGUAAUAGAAAUGAAAUAUUCAGUUCUUUUAGCAAGCCGUAUUGACUGUGCAUUAGAUAUUUCAAAGACAAUACAAAACAAAAGACAUAUAAUCUAAAAAUAAAAUGAGCAUGAAUAGACGGGAAAGGCAAAGCGGAGUAGAUGUCUGGUUAGGGUUCACAGAACACAGGAGGAACAAACAUCACAUUCAUUGACAUUGACUCAGUAGUCAACAGCACAUAACACGGGAAAUUUCAGAUAAGAUAUAGUUAUAUACUCGAUUAACUAUUAAACUAUUGCAGCUUGAUUUGUGGUUACUCAAUGUAAUACUUAUGUCAUAUACAGUAACAAUACUACAAAUGAGAUAAAAGUUAUGUUGAAUAGAGACCAAUGUUUUAAUUUAACAAGAUUAAUGAUUAGAUCUCAGGUAAAUUUAAAUAAUAUCAAACUGUAUAAUAUCUGGUAACAGGGUAGAGUAAAAAUAUCAAUUGAAAGAAAUGUUGAAAGCAGCAAGGCCCCUGCAUUUAUUUUUACGGCACACUCUUAAAGGAAAACACCACAGUUUUUCAAUAUUUUACUAUGAUCUUACCUCAACUUAGACAAAUUAAUACAUACCUAUCUUUUUUCAAUGCGUACACUUAAUCUUUGUACAGCGCGUCGUGAAUGUGUUAGCAUUUAGCCUAGCCCCAUUCAUUCCUUAGGAUCCAAACAGGGAUGAAUUUAGAAGCCACCAAACACUUCCAUGUUUUCCCUAUUUAAAGACUGUUACAUGAGUAGUUACACAAGCAAGUAUGGUGGCACAAAAUAAAACCUCUGGAGCAGUAAUAUUGACGGAAGUUUGAGCGAGAGGGGGAGUAGUCAGGAGUGAUGAUUUUACUGCGCCCGAGGUCAAAGUGCUGCAAACUAAGUGUUCUUCCGCCAUAGUAUAUAGUUCUCAUUUUUAUCUGCUUAACAAAUUGCCACGUUUUAUUUUGUGCCACCAUACUUACUCGUGUAACUA